AUGUCGUUCCCCAUCCGUCAAGCCUUCCAUUAUCCUCUACAGACACCAUCAUGGUACCUCGGACACAUGGCAAAGUCCAUGAAGGAGAUGGGCUCGCUCUUGAGAGAUAUAAACUUCGUCAUUGAAGCCAGGGACUCAAGGCUCCCCUUGACAAGUAUAAACCCGGCCUUCGAUACGCUCUUGGACAAAGUUUGGGGAACAAGCUAUAGUACUUUGAAAGGCGUCAGAGGAAUAGCAGGAUCAGGAGCAGGAUCAGGAGCAGGAGCAGGAUCAGGAGUCGCUGGAUCCUCAAGUCACGUCGUUCCUGGACCUAUCAGUGUGAAAGGCAAAGAGAGGGAAAAGGUCAUUGUCUAUACCAAGAGGGAUCUCGCAGAAGAGCAAUACGAGCAGCCUUUAAAAAGUGCCUUGACUCAGGCGCUGGGACAGAAAGUCUUUUUCACAGAUACGAGGGUCGACGCGGAUGUCAGAGCGAUCCUGAAACAUGCCGUCCGUCUCGCCAAGCUCGAGCAGGAGUAUACAACUCAAUUCAAUAUUCUUGUUGUUGGGAUGCCUAACGUGGGCAAAUCUUCCCUCUUGAAUGCCCUACGGAGAGUCGGUAUCAAUCGAGGGAAAGCAUUCAGGACAGGAAACGUUGCGGGAGUGACACGUAAACUCACGGGUACAGUCAAGAUAUAUGAAGAGCCACCGAUUUACGUGUAUGAUACGCCUGGAGUCAUGGUUCCGUUUUUGGGUCAUGGAGAUGACGGAGCGGAGAGAGGAUUCAAAUUUGCUUUGACCGCCGGUAUCAAGGAUGAUCUGCUCGAAACCGAAGUGGCGGUCGACUAUCUGUUAUGGAGGCUAAAUCGGAGAAUGAUCCAGGACGAAGAUCGUCCAAUUUCGGAAAGAAGUCCAUCGUAUCUCCAAGCACUGAAGAUUGAUCGACUCCUCUCUACACCAAGUGACAAUCUCACGACCUUUCUCGAUGCUGUGUGCCAACAUAUUGGAGCUUGGAAAAAGGGAGGGGAGAAAGAUCAUGAUGCUGCACUUGGCUUCGUCGUUCAAGCGUUCAGGGAUGGGAAAUUUGGACGAUGGACAAUGGAUAGCCUGGUACCGACGGGUAAACUCCUGAGGGACACUAUACCGAUAAGCGAGACAUCGACAUUCGACGAUUCGGAUGCUGCUACUACUACAGCUGCACCUUUGGGAGAUUUGGAUCAAAACGUUCCCGAAUCGCGUUACGGAUCCCCGUCCUUUGACAUCCGGACGGAUGGCAAUCUCAAAUCGGCCAAUGACUCGGGCGAUCGAGGGAGUUCUCCAAUACGAGUCUCCUCUCUAUCCCUCGAUGAGUCCGUGUCGUUGGCUGUCCGCGAAUACCUCGACAACACUGCAUUUGUCCAGAGUGAACAAGCCAAAGGUCGAGGACUAUCGACCAAUCAAAAACGCCGAAACGAGCAGAAAGCAAGGGCUCAAGUGAGGGUCGCAAAUGCACGUCAGAAAGCCAGAGACAAGGAACGCAAGAAGACGGCUGCUGCUCCGACCGGCGGUGGAGGCGGCGGUGCGAAACGUCGAGCAAGAAGGUAA